AUGGAUCGGACGUUCUCUAAGAAAAGGAAAGGGGAAACAACAGGAAAGAAGCUGCAGAAGAUCAAGGUGUGGAAACUACAGGAAUGUGCAGAAUACAGAAGACAAGUAGGAGAGACUGAAGAGAGCGAAGAGAGAGCAACCAAAAUGUGGAAGGCCUCGAAGGAAGCAAUGGUGGAAGUGGUAGAAAAGCUGUGUGGAAGAACAAGUGGGAGAGGAGCAGGAGAACGAGAAACAUGGUGGUGGACUGAAGAGGUGCAGAAGAUCAAGGAAAAGAGAACUUUCAAGGAGUGGCAGGAUGACGAGGAGAGCCUAGAGAAAAGGAACUGGUACAAUGUGGCAAAGAGACAAAAAGGGCCGUGGCAGUAG